AUCCCAUGCCCAGUCAGUGAGUCCCGCGCGGGUAGGAAGGAAGGACACUGCACUCGGAUCCUACACUCGCAAGUCAUCCAGAGACAUGGCAGGACGCUUUCUCUCCGUCCUCCUCCUCGUUGGUUUGCUCGGAGCAGCGCUGGGGGAUGAGGCCCCGCCAGGGGGGGCGGCCGCGUUGGAAGGCGCUGUUGGCGACGAGGACGAGCGCGUGAUGGUGUGUUACUACGGGUCGUGGGCCGUGUACAGACCCGGCGCCGGCAAGUUCGACGUGGAGGACAUCGACACUGACAUCUGCACGCACCUUAUUUACGGCUUCGCAGGACUCAAGGCUGACACACACGAAAUCAUCAGUCUCGACCCUUAUAACGACCUUGAUGUUAACUACGGGAAAGGGGCUUUCAAGAGGUUCACGGGACUCAAGAAACUCAAUCCUGACUUGAAGACGCUUUUGGCCAUCGGGGGAUGGAACGAGGGCUCCUCCAAGUACUCGCAGAUGGCCGCGACGGAGGAAUCGAGGGACAAGUUCAUCACGAGCUGCGUCCUGUUCCUGCAGAAGUUUGGCUUCGACGGCCUUGACCUCGACUGGGAAUACCCGACACUUCGAGGCGGGAAAUCUGAAGACAAGCUUAACUUCGCCCUGCUCCUCGACGAAAUGCGCUCCAGGUUCGACAAGCAUGGGCUGAUGCUCACCGCCGCAGUGUCGGCCGGGGAAGCCACCAUCGACGCCGCCUAUAAUGUCUCCGCUUUAGUGAAGAACUUAGAUCUUGUCCACCUGAUGGCGUACGACCUCCACGGCACCUGGGAACAAUUCGCCCAUCACCAUUCCCCGCUGUACGCCUACGCCGGCGACAAAGGAAACAACCUCAAACUGAAUGUGGAUUACGCCGUGCAGUACUGGCUUAAGCUCGGUGUGCCGCAGAAGAAGCUGGUGGUCGGCAUAGGUCUGUACGGACGCUGCUUCACUCUCGCUAGGGCUGACCAGCACGAUGUGUACGCCCCGUCCUACCAGCCUGGAUUACCCGGGCCGUAUACGAGGGCGCCUGGCAUGCAAGGGUUCAACGAAAUAUGCGAAUCUGAAGGGCGUGAGACGUGGACAGUGGUCAGAGACGCCCACAUGGUUUCCCCGUACGCCUACAGAGAGCGCCAAUGGUGUGGCUAUGACGACGUCCAGUCUGUAGAGACGAAGGCGUCGUAUAUUGUGUCACUUGGUCUCGCUGGAGCAAUGGUGUGGUCAAUCGAGACAGAUGACUUCCAUGGGAAUUGUCACGCCGGACCUUUCCCGCUCAUCACUACCAUCAGAACUGUGUUGAGAGACGGCAAACCUAUCCCGACGCCCACUCCCCCGCCCACACCUACACCCACCCCGGAGCCAGAAACCACAACUGACACCACCACUACAACAACACCUUCUCCUCCGCCACCCCCAAGCACCGUCUGCCACAGGGAAGGCUUCAAUACAGACCCAAAGGACUGCACUGCCUUCUAUAGCUGUCACCAGAUGGGCGACCACUGGCAAGUGUAUCACUUUCAGUGUGCGCCUGGAACCGUCUUCGUCGAGGACCUGCAGACCUGCGACUUCGCUCAAGAUCACCAGGACCUGUGCGUUAACAACAGUAAAAGUUAUCACCAUCAAAAUCCAAACUCAAUCAACUAUGACUACGAACUCGAUCAAACCCGACUCAACAAAGUAC